AUGUCUGGCGGAUUGACAGAAGGACGCAAAACCAAUGGCAGAUUCCACGACGACGUCCAUCAACAUUGUGAACAUGAACGAACCUCAAGACCUAGUACUAGUCAAAGCGGUGGGGGAUACUCAGAUCGUCUUGGUGUUAGUAAAAAUGUGACAUUUAAAGCAAAAAACCGUGGAGAUAAUCAUUUUCGUAGAAGUUGGGAUGGUACAAAUGACUUGGUUCUUGAUCAACUGAAAAGUGAAUUUUCAAAUCAAAAUGGACUACCUGGCCGACGAUCUUUUCCUGAAAGAAAUUAUCGCCCUCGUGGUCGUGGUAGAUACAAUAACUUAUCUUGGUCUUUAAAAGAAAGUAGAACUGGAUGGUAUUCAGUAUUUGUGCCAAAUGUUGAAGAUGGUGACGAAGUCUUAAAAAUAAUACAAACUUACAUCACACCGGUCGUGUUUUAUCCUUAUAAUAAGCAAUAUUUUGAUAAUGCUUUAAGAUUUCUUGUUGAUGAUAAUAAAGUUGCUAAAGUAUUGUACAACGCUAGUUAUAAGAUAACACACAGAGAUGAUCAAAAAUUAACUAUACAAGUGUCACUAUAUUUGCCUCCAUAUGGUCCUACAUCAUUCACACCAGUAUCUAGUGAAGUAAAAGAGAAAAUUGUAGAGGCCAUGGCGACUCGUUAUAAUCCUAGUAACAAGACUUUGGACUUGUCGAAAUUGUAUGCAUGUCCACUUUUUACCAAUGUUCAACUGUUUGUACCAUUAAAUCGACCGGCAGUUCUUUUGGCAGCGCUCAACAUAGCUGCUCAACAUACCAAACAUGACUUGUACGGCUUGAGUCUUGAAAACAAUCACAUAUAUUUAGGUGAAGGUCUUAAAUGGAUACGUAGGUUGUUCCCCGAACUGAAAGUAUUGAAUUUGGCUGGUAACAAAUUAUCUGAUCUAAACGUGCUAAAGUGUCUCUCAGGUUACACUAUUGAAGGGCUGAACUUGUCCAGAAAUCCUGUGUGUAACACAAAGAACAAAGAGCGUUACAGGCGGGAUAUACAAAAAUGUUUUCCUAUGCUAAACAAGUUGGAUAACUCAGAAGUGCCGUCUCAGUACAGUGCGAUUGUUGAAUCCAAGUUUAAAAUGCCAAUUAACUUGGGUAAUAGUUACCCAAUACCAAAAGGCCAUAAUCCUGAAUUGCCAAAUCCAAUAAUGACUAUGGUAGAAUCAUUUCUCACCCAAUACUAUGAACGAUACGAUAACCAAGUGUCUAGACAAAUGCUUUCAGAAGCUUACUGUGAAAAUGCCACAUUUACACUAUCCAGUUGUUUUCUACCUAAAAAUUGUAAUAAAGGUAGUUUAUCUCUGUACCUACCUGAAAGUAGAAAUUUUUUGAAAUCCAAGCAAAAAAAUCAACAAAGACAUGGUUUGUUACAUAGAGGCAGAGAAAACAUAAUAGACUUUUUAGAAAAGUUACCUAAAACCAAGCAUGAUCUUGGCUCAUUCAUAGUUGAUGUUCCAUUGGCAACUACCUUAAUGGUUCAGAUUGUCCUAAAUGGUGUUUUUGUUGAAGACUUUAAAGAAACCGACUAUAAGCAUAUAUGCCGAUCAUUCUGUAGAACAUUCUGUAUAGUGCCGUUUGGAAAUGGUUGGAGUAUAAUUAGCGAUAUGUUGUUUAUAACAACAAUCACCGAAGAUUUAUUAGUAGAGACUUCAAAACGGUUCUAUGCUUUCAAACCAAAACCAGUAUCAUUAAAAAUAGAUGAUCUAAAUGGCUACAGUAACCAAAAUGUAACAAUGUUUAUAGAAGAUAUAGACGAAAUGGAAUCAUCACUGUUCUAUCAACAGCAAGACAAUUUUUCAUUUUAUCAGCCUUCACUAGUGAUGGCUCCUAUAGAUCGACAGCAACCAUCAUCUUCUUGUCAAGGGAGCAUGCCGACAUCCACUCCACAGAUCCAACAUAUGGAGCCUGCAGCACCCGUAAAUGUCCAACCCGACUUUCCGCAGCAAUCAACUGCUUCAUUUUCUAUGUUCAACGCAACAACGGUUUCGACUACAGCGUUUACCACUGUAAACCAAUCGUCAACUGAAGUGCCUGUACAUGAUGAUGUGAAUGAAAAUUCCGAUAAGUUGACUAUGAUCAAGAGUUUUUCAAAUGAGUCUGGGAUGAAUAAUGAAUGGGCUGAAAAAUGUUUAGAAGAAAAUGACUGGGAUUAUGGUAAAGCUGCUUUAUGUUUUUUAGACAUGAGAUCUAAUAUUCCAACUGUGGCUUUCAUACAUUAA